UCCACCGCCUCCCUCCGCCGCCACCCGGGCCGGCUCUGCGCCCCCUCCCCGGCCCCCGCCCGCCUGCCAGCCCUCUGCCCGCAUGGAGCCCGCGGCCCCCGCUGCGCGAGGCCACUAGGACCCUCGGCGUCCCCUCCCCUCCCCCGCCCUGCCCCCUCUCCCGCGGCUCGGACUCGGGCGUUCACGGCGCCCAGCUUUUGAGCUUGCGUCCCCAGACCGGCUGGGGGGGGAGGGGAAGAGAGGGGACCCCGGGAUCCCCGCCCCCCCCACCCGGUCGCCCCUGCACCCCGGAACCUGGAGAAGAUGUCUUCGCGGACGGCUCUGGCCCCGGGCAACGAUCGGAACUCGGACACGCAUGGCACCUUGGGCAGUGGCCGCUCCUCAGACAAGGGACCAUCCUGGUCCAGCCGCUCCCUGGGUGCCCGCUGCCGGAACUCGAUCGCCUCCUGUCCUGAGGAGCAGCCCCACGUGGGGAACUACCGCCUGCUGAGGACCAUUGGAAAGGGCAACUUUGCCAAAGUCAAGCUGGCCCGGCACAUCCUCACAGGUCGGGAGGUUGCCAUCAAGAUCAUUGACAAAACCCAGCUGAAUCCCAGCAGCCUGCAGAAGCUGUUCCGAGAAGUCCGCAUCAUGAAGGGCCUAAACCAUCCCAACAUUGUGAAGCUCUUCGAGGUGAUCGAGACUGAGAAGACACUGUACCUGGUGAUGGAAUACGCAAGUGCCGGAGAAGUGUUUGACUACCUCGUGUCACACGGCCGCAUGAAGGAGAAGGAAGCUCGAGCCAAGUUCCGACAGAUUGUAUCGGCUGUGCACUAUUGUCACCAGAAAAACAUUGUACACAGGGACCUAAAGGCUGAGAACCUCUUGCUGGAUGCCGAGGCCAACAUCAAAAUUGCUGACUUUGGCUUCAGCAAUGAGUUCACGCUGGGCUCGAAGCUGGACACGUUCUGCGGGAGCCCCCCGUACGCCGCCCCGGAGCUGUUCCAGGGCAAGAAGUACGAUGGGCCAGAGGUGGACAUCUGGAGCCUCGGCGUCAUCCUGUACACCCUUGUCAGCGGCUCCCUGCCCUUCGAUGGGCACAACCUCAAGGAGCUGCGGGAGCGUGUCCUCAGAGGGAAGUACCGGGUCCCUUUCUACAUGUCAACAGACUGUGAGAGCAUCCUGCGGAGAUUUUUGGUGCUGAACCCAGCUAAACGCUGUACUCUUGAGCAAAUCAUGAAAGACAAAUGGAUCAACAUCGGCUAUGAGGGUGAGGAGUUGAAGCCAUACACAGAGCCUGAGGAGGACUUCGGGGACACCAAGCGAAUCGAGGUGAUGGUGGGUAUGGGCUACACACGGGAAGAAAUCAAAGAGGCCUUGAGCAGCCAGAAGUACAAUGAAGUGACCGCCACCUACCUCCUGCUGGGCAGGAAGACUGAGGAGGGUGGGGACCGGGUUGCCCCAGGGCUGGCCCUGGCACGGGUGCGGGCACCCAGCGAUACCACCAAUGGAACCAGCUCCAGCAAAGCCACCAGCCACAGCAAAGGGCAACGGAGUUCCUCCUCUACUUACCACCGCCAGCGCAGACAUAGCGACUUCUGUGGCCCAUCCCCUGCACCCCUGCACCCCAAGCGCAGCCCAACCAGCACGGGGGAGGCAGAGCUGAAGGAGGAGCGGCUGCCAGGCCGGAAGGCGAGCUGCAGCACGGCAGGAAGCGGGAGUCGAGGGCUGCCCCCGUCCAGCCCCAUGGUCAGCAGUGCCCACAACCCCAACAAGGCAGAGAUCCCAGAGCGGCGGAAGGACAGUACGAGCACCCCUAACAACCUCCCUCCCAGUGUGAUGACCCGCAGAAACACCUAUGUUUGCACAGAACGCCCAGGGGCUGAGCGCCCGUCCCUGUUGCCAAAUGGCAAAGAAAACAGCCUGGGCACCCCACGGGUACCCCCUGCCUCCCCGUCUAGUCACAGCCUGGCUCCCCCAUCAGGGGAGCGGAGCCGCCUGGCACGGGGUUCCACCAUCCGCAGCACCUUCCACGGUGGCCAGGUCCGAGACCGGCGGGCAGGGGGUGGGGGUGGCGGGGGUGUGCAGAACGGGCCCCCUGCCUCUCCCACGCUGGCCCAUGAGGCCACACCCCUGCCUGCUGGGCGACCCCGCCCCACCACCAACCUCUUCACCAAGCUGACCUCCAAACUGACCCGAAGGGUCACAGACGAACCUGAGAGAAUCGGGGGACCUGAGGUCACAAGUUGCCAUCUACCUUGGGAUCAAACGGAAACCGCCCCCCGGCUGCUCCGAUUCCCCUGGAGUGUGAAGCUGACCAGCUCACGCCCUCCCGAGGCCCUGAUGGCAGCUCUGCGCCAGGCCACAGCCGCCGCCCGCUGCCGCUGCCGCCAGCCACAGCCAUUCCUGCUGGCCUGCCUGCACGGGGGUGCGGGCGGGCCCGAGCCCCUGUCCCACUUCGAAGUGGAGGUCUGCCAGCUGCCCCGGCCGGGCCUGCGGGGAGUUCUCUUCCGCCGUGUGGCGGGCACCGCCCUGGCCUUCCGCACCCUCGUCACCCGCAUCUCCAACGACCUCGAGCUCUGAGCCACCACGGCCUCCGAUCCCUUCCUCUUCCUCUCUCUUGUCCUCUUCGCUUCUACAGAAGAAGGGGCAAGGAGGGGAUCCACUCUCUGUCAUCACCUCAGUUUCCCUGAAUUAGAUUUGGGGGCAGAGAUUGUCCCUUCUGCUGUUCUCCGGGGCCGCUCAGUACAGGAGAAGGAUGAGGGGGCUUAGCAGGGGGAGCUGGCGCCUUCCCAGAGCCUCCAACGGGUCCUGUCCCCCCUUGCCCUGCCAUAGGGCACCUGAGGAGACUUUGGGGUCAGGGCAGGGGCAGGAGGAGAAACUGGGAAAACUCUUCCAUUCCUCCCAACAGGUUGAGUUAGACCUUGGGUAAGGGCAGGGAGAGCUGCUGAGCCUAAAGACUGGAGAAUUUGGGGGUGCUGGGAGCGGGGGUCAGAGAGGUAGAUUCCUUCUCCUCCCUCUCCCCUCAUGCUCCCUUCCUGCCCCAGGCUGGCGCGGGGCACUUUGUACAAAUCCUUGUAAAUAACCCCCUCACUCUCCCCUCUGCAGAGGUCUGUCAAGGAGCUGCCGCUCUCACCUCCAGUUUUUAAGUUAUUACACUCCCACCCUCCUCCUUCAGCCCCCUCACCUGCAGCCUGUUGCCCAAUAAACUUAGGAGAGUCCCCCCUCACUGACCCUGGGGUUUUCCUUCCCUACCCUCACCUGCAAGUGAGCUGAAGAGGAGGUGUGUGAUGUUGAGCCAAUGGUUUCUCCUUUCUGAGCCUCGGUUUUGUCAUCUGCAGAAUGGGAAUAGUGGGGUUAUGAGGGUCAAGGAUGAUUGUAGAAGUGGGAAGGACAGAACUCGGCCUCAUCCUUGAGGCCCCAAGUCCUAUACUGGGCCCCCCAUUCAUCCACCCACACUCCUGCCUGCCAUGUUACACUGGACUCUAAGCCACUUCUUACUCCAGUAGUACAUUUGUUCAAUAAAUAGUCAUUGAUCAGUGCCUACUCCAUGUCAGGCCCAGUGCUGGACAGAGACACAAGGAGCCCCUGUCUGCAGGGAACACAGGUUCUGACACACACUGGAGAAACCAUUGUCUUGGGGAGCCCAGAAGAGAAAGUGAGGGGGGAUGGGGAAGACACUCCAGAGGAAGGGAUGCUGGAGUUGGGCUUUGAAGGAUGACUAGGAGUUGACUAGGCACUGGGCAAAAGCCCAGAAGUGGGAGUGCGUGGUAUAUCUUCAGAGAACUGUGGGUAAUUUUAGUGUGGCUGCUAUGUUGGG